AUGGCACCUGUUGUUCGGCGUCGUCGUUUGAUGUUUAUUUCAAAUAAGCCUGGUAGGCGAAUUUCUUCCCGAAAACCUGGAUUUACUCUCAAAAAUAAUGAACCAUGCUCUAAAAAAAUAUCAAAGUUGCCUUUAAUAUCAGGUACAUUUCUACCUAAAUCUCAUUCUCGUGUCAGCAGGAAUAACAAACCUGAAGAAAGUAAACUAUUGACCAAGGAUUCCAUUACAAAGAAGAUAAAAACUACACGUGAUAGUAAAUCUACUUUACGAUCAGUUAGUUUACGUGAACGCAUUGGUAAAAUAAUCAAGCCAGUCAAACGUUCACGAUCAAAUUUAUCAAUAACUUCUGAUAUUGCUAAUAUCAGUUCUCCUAAGUAUUCCUUUGAAAUUUCUGUGAAUUCAAAGAAGUUAAAAGUUGAGAAUCCUUUGAAUGAAUCAAUUAAUGAAUUAGAUCCAUCAUUACAACUGAAGUUGUCAAAAUCGGUUGAUAAUCAACAUAGUGAUCAAUUAUCUACAAAGAAGUCCAGUCGACGGGAUCUUAUCAAUACAAAAAGAUGUACAUCUAUUGGUCUAUCAUCUGCACCGAAGUUAUCAUCAACUUUUAAAUCCAGAUUAGCCUCUUCAUCGACUACAGUUCGAGCCAAGAAAUUUGUCUCCAAACUGUCAAAAUUAGCAAAGCGUAAAACUGUUGUCAAUGAAUCAAGAAUCUUGUCAAGGAGAACGGCUAAACUAUUGAAUCAUAACAUCAGCAGUAAUGAAUUCUCACUUGAUGUUGAUGACUCCUUAAAAUCUAAGCUCUCUGAAUCAUUUUCUCCUACAGGUAAAAAUGAAGAAAACUCUAGAAAAUCAAAUCACCUGGAUGAAAAUAGCAGUCGACAAUCUGCUUUUAAGGGUCAUCAAAAUGUCGGUUGCUCAUCAUCAUCAUUAAUAACAACAAUAGCAACCGCAUCAAAUACCUCUGUAACAGUUAAAUAUGAAGACAAUAAAUCCAUUUCAUCGAGUGGUACCAAAUCACAGAAAAAUGGUACUAAAAAAAGAAGUUUACUCAAAGACAAAGGCGUUAAUAUUCUCUCCCAUUCAAAGAAGAAGCUUAAUCCUGUUAGUGUUAUGGAUAAACCGAACACUAGUGAAUCUAUUUCUGUACAUGAACGAAUUGAAGCUGAUCCUAACGGUUCAUCAAAUGUUAAUGUGAAAAAAAUUUCCAGUGACAAAACCAGUCGGAAAUCUGUAAUCAAACUAAAGGCAAAAAAACCAUCAAACUCAACCAAGGAGAACCAAUUGAAUAAACUAACUGAAUAUAACCAAUCAAUACCAUAUUGUGAAGAUAUCUCUGAUGUGAAUUCUUCUUCUGAUGAAGAUGAACGUGAAAUCGUAAUCAAAUCUUCACGUUCACGACUACGGCAUUCAACUCGGAAUUCAGCUAAUUCCUCUACAAAUUCAUAUAAAAAACGAAAAAUAUUCAUAAAUACAUAUAGUGAACGAGAAGCUAAUCAUACUUCUGAAAUCUCUCAAAAUGAGAGUAGUGCCAGUGGUUCUGAAAGUGUUUACAAUCCUAGUGAUGCACUACCACGACUUACACGUAGUCAACAUAAACAGUUGUUGGGUGAUACACCUCCUGGUUCAGCUCUACAAACUGCAGCUCCUGCAAUAUCCAAUCGUACUGUUUCAAUAUCUUUUCCUACUAAAAUUGUUUCUAGCUCUAAACGAUUACAAACAAAAGAUAUUAACAAAUCAGUCCUACUUAAAGAGGAACAAGCAAACAAAAUGGAGAACAAUGAGAUUUCUUCUUCUAUAAUCAUUACAGGUGGAGAGACGUCAUCCUCAUCAUCUGAAACGGAUCAUUCACAGGUUAAUAUACCUAAUACUGAAACAGUCAAUCAAGUUAAGGAAGAAAACAUUCAGAAGGUUGAAGAUGAUACCACAUUUGGUAAUGAAAAUACUGAGAGCACUGAAGUCGAUGGAAUUGAUGUGUGCGUGAAACAGGAAGUCAUUGAAAGUGCUACAAUUCAAAGUGUUCCAGACUUAUCACCUGAGAUCUACGAUGAUAAACAAGUUGACGAUGUAAUGAUGAAUGAAUGCCUACUUGAAGACACAAUUUCUCAACCCAUAAACAUUGGUGAUAAACAAGAGGAGGUAGAGGAAGAAGAUGGAAAGACAGUAGAGGAUAAUGAUACUGAAGAUGAUCGAUGUUCUGUCCAAACUAUGAGCACAGAUCCUAUGGAUGGAUUGUUAUAUGAUUUAACUAUGUCUUCAGAAAAAUCCCAUAUGCAGUUAUCUAGUAAAGAAAAUGAUGAUUUGGAAGAAAUAGACAAUCCUGUAAAUCUAUCUCCCCAUCAUACUGAUAUAACUGAAGAAGGUGGAGCUUUAUCUAGUACUGAAGAUCACCCAGUUAGUGAAAUUUCAAACGAAAAAGAGGUGGAUGAAACUACUGUUAAUAAAACCUCUUUAGAGCCUAUGAUUGAGAAAAAUGAAGAGGAAGAUAAAAUCUCUGAAGUAGAACAAGCAAAUAUAUUGAAAUCUCGUAAACGGGUUAGACGAUCUAGCAACACCAGCAAUUCAAUUGAUACUCCAAGUAAACGAGGAAAUAAACGGACUUAUUUAGCUCCCCAUCGUAGUACCACGGUAUCUGAGAAUUCACCAGUUCGCAGUUUCGAUUCUCCUCACUAUCCUCCUGUAUCUCCACAUUCAGUCCCGACAACAAGUGUAUCAUCGCCAAUGCCUAAUUGUUCUAAGUCGAAUGAUCGUUCAACAUCCAGUAAUAGGCGGUUUGGUGGACCAUUUUUCCCAAUCGCAGGGUUCGAUGAUCUCUCUUCUGAUGCUAAAUGCCAGGUUUUACAAGAACGUAUGCAUCGAAUAUUAGAAGCAUGGCGUUUAGCUAAGCAGUACUUGAAAAAUUUGGACCAACGUAAUAAUCGUACACGUCGGUUAAAAGGUCGACAAAACUUAGAGACUUCAACUUCUUUGGGUUCACAAGAUAACCGACAACUUGUUGAUGAAGCUCAUACCAGUAACGAUUUUCCCUGUACUUGA